UGUGUUGCAUCUUCUGGAAGAACAAACGGAGUCGUUAAAGUCAUGUUUGCCUCCUCGUUCGACCUCUCUCUGGUUUCUGCCUGUGUGUGCGCUGACGUUCUCCUGAAGGUGUGCCCGCGGGUUUCUCUGCGAGUUCCUGCGUAUUUAUGAAAGUUUGCAAAGCAGACGAGGGUUCGUUUGACUUGCAAAGCAGCGUUUACUUGGAGUCGGGUGUAAGGCAGGUUAGCGAGCUCAGGUAGGCGCGGGUUUGAUUCCAACAUGAGGACGUCUCUUUCUGUUUUCACUGGUGACAUUUGCUGGUAAUCAUCACCAUGGGUGAAAUGGAGCAGCUGAGAAAGGAGGCAGAAAGCCUCAAAGAUCAGAUCACUGCGGCCCGUAAGGCGGUGCAGGACACCACGCUGCAGGAGGCGGCAGCGGGGAUCACCGUGGUGGGCCGCAUCCAGAUGAAGACCAGGAAGACGCUACGGGGUCACCUGGCCAAGAUCUACGCCAUGCACUGGUCCACCGACUCCAAGCUGUGCGUCAGCGCCUCACAGGAUGGAAAACUCAUCGUGUGGGACAGCGUCACAACCAACAAGGUGAACGCCAUCCCGCUGAAGUCGUCCUGGGUGAUGACGUGUGCCUACGCGCCUUCAGGAAACCUGGUGGCCUGCGGCGGUCUGGACAACAUGUGCUCCAUCUACAACCUGAAGGGGAAGGAUGGGAACGUCAAGGUGAUGCGAGAGCUGGCCGCACACACAGGUUAUCUUUCCUGCUGCCGCUUCAUCAGCGACACCGAGAUCAUCACCAGCUCAGGCGACUGCACCUGCAUACUCUGGGACAUUGAGACAGGGACCCAGAAGACUGUUUUUGCUGGACACCAAGGAGACUGCAUGUCCCUGGCCGUAGCGCCAGACUUUAAGUUUUUCAUCUCAGGAGCGUGCGACUUUACGGCGAAGCUGUGGGACAUCAGGGAGGGCACCUGCAGACAGACCUUCAGCGGCCAUGAGAGUGAUGUCAAUGCCAUUGGGUUUUUUCCCAAUGGUAACGCAGUGAUAACCGGAUCAGACGAUGCCACCUGUAAACUGUUUGACCUGCGGGCUGACCAGGAGCUCAUCACCUACCAGGACUCCGGCAUCAUGUGCGGCGUUACCUCCCUGGCCCCGUCCUUGUCCGGCCGGCUCAUCCUGGCUGGCUACGACGACUUCAAUGUGAACAUCUGGGACACGCUGAAGGCUGAGAGAGUGGGUGUGCUGGCUGGUCACGACAACAGAGUGAGCUGCAUUGGCGUGUCUGCAGACGGCAUGGCCUGCUGCACGGGAUCCUGGGACAGUUUCCUCAAGAUAUGGAACUGAGGCUGUCCCUCUGCUACAAGCAGAAAGAAAGCAGUUCAUUUAUGCUUGGAAACAUGUGAAGAUUUAAAACAAGGCGAGAUCAAUGGAGGCAGGAGACGACACGUACAGUGAGAAGAGGGUAUUUUAUCUGUGCCAAGUCAUUUCUAAUGUUGGAGAAGAGGAGUGUAAUGCGAGGUUUCCUCUUCUCCCAGUCACACUGCACUCUCACCUUUCUUCUCAUGUUCUGGCGGAAAUUAGGGUAGAACAAAAGAGUGGGCGUCUUAGUCAAAUUUCUCAUUAGUUAAUCUGUAAUUCAGAUGAAACAGAUGGCGGAUGCAUAAUUUUUGGAGCAACAUUAAGAUUAUCCAAUGCGAACAGUUGCCAAAUGGAAAUGGUAGCACACUGGAUGAUGGUCAGAACUAAAAACAUGUCAAGUUACAGCCUGUGUAGAGUCACAGAAGCUCCACUUAUAUGCUGUUUUAUAUGAGAACAUAGGUUACACCAUAUGAAUAACAUGAUUUACAAUCAUUUGUUUUAGCUUCGGUAGAUCCCCCAAGUACUUAAACUUUCUUUUUAUUUUCUAAUUUUAUUUAAACUUGAGUCAAUAGUUUGCAAAUGUCUGCAUUUGUGUUUGUUUUGUAUGUGACUGAUGGACAAUAUUUAGCAGGAUUUGGGAUCGUUUUUGACUUUAUCCCCUCAGUAAAUAGGUAAAAACUCAAAAUGACAGAUGGAUUAGUAAAAUGGUUACUUGGUGACCCUUUUCUCAAGUCAAAACUAUAUCAAAACAGUAACUGAAUAUUUAUAUAUCUGCUUAUACAUUUAUCUUUAUAGCAGGUAGGCUCUGAAUUCUGAUUGUAUACAUUUAGAUGAACGUCAAACUAAAAUUUCAACUACAUUUUUUUCAAAACUUGAUCUACACUGCAAUGUAAACUAAUAAAUUUGGGAUUCUGCUAAACAA